AAUUUGUUUACAUUCUGCCUCCCGCACGGCACCACUCGGCUGCCUCACGGAAGAAGACGCAAAAAGACAUUAAAUAAGAGCUGCAACCUUUCCAGUGGCUUACUUAGACCCAAAAAACACUGAAGAAGAGGAGAUACAACCUUUUCUCACAAAUCUAGCCGCCCUACAAGACACAGCUCACCCUACACAGGCACAAAAUCUUGGGUCAACCUUCUGCAAGCCCUACCAACUGUGUUUUCAUGGCUAAGUGAAUUAGAGCAAAGGAUCAAGAGAAGGCAGACGAAGAACCUUAUAGAUCACGAGAAGGUUCUGAGGAUCCACUAUGUUGUUGCCCCGCCCUUUGACCUGGCGGGUGACCUCUGCCCUCCGGCCCCUGCUGUGUGGGCGCGGGGGCGGGGCGCGGCAGAUCCACUACGAGCAGGGACAGUCCCCGAGGAAGGGCAUCAGGGAGUACUUCUACUACAUCGAUCAUCAGGGCAUGCUCUUUUUGGAUGAUGCCAGAAUGAAAAAUUUCACUUCCUGUUUUAAAGAAAAGAAAUUCCUUCAGUUUUUCUUUAGCCGUAUUCAGCUGAACGAGACAGACAGCUACCCAGAGUUUCCGUUCCUUUCACUGUGUGGCCGAGAGAGAAACUACAUCCGCUGUGACGACCUGCCUCUUGUCUUCACACACCAGACUACAAAGGAAACACCAGAGGGCACCAAAGAGGAACAUUUUGCCUAUGGCAAUGCUGGAGACACCAUGACACUGCCCUUCCAACCCUCCGAGCUAUGCAUGCAGGUAGAGACUGGCCGAGUGUACCACCCAGCCAUGGACCGUAUGGGAGGUGUGGGCUUGGUCAGAUCAAAGCUUGCCAUUCAGCUUUCAACACACUUUAUAUUUGGUGAUGGUGAUGAACAGCCACCAACACACAUUCAUUGGAGAGGGAAGGAGGUGAAGUUGAGCCAGAGUGUUGUGCCCAUCCUUGAGAGCCUUGAGCAUGUCAGGAGAUACAGCUUGGGACUGGAGUAUGGUUCUGAAGGAUAGAGGAAAAAGCUGCAGGAGUACAAAGUAGUGGUCAGAGACAAAAAAUGGUGCUUCAGGGAAAGCAGAAAGUGAGUAGAGGUGUGUGCAAAAAGUACCGGAAGUGGCUAGGUAUUAGAGGGUGAGGUAGAGGAAGUUGUUCAUUUGUUUAGGAUGUUUUUCUUUUAAAUGGGAAAAUGUGUGUGUGUGUGUGUGUGUGUGUGUGUGUAGUGUAACCUCUAUAUGCUCUUGGUCUUAUUUA